GCAACACAGCUGACCAACACAACACGGCUGGCAGGGCGAGCGGCAGGAUCAGGACAUCAGGACAUCAGGCAAGUAAGUGUCUACGUACAGCCAGUAUGAACUGCAAGUUUCAGCUGGUCUGUAUGGUCCUGCUGUACCUCAGCCGCGUCGUGUAUCCCAGCAUGCAAUUCCUGGACUCCAUCUACAAGCUGUACAAGGAACGGCGAAUCCCCUUCCGCGAGGAUCCGCAUCUGGGCAACCGUCCCAUACUUGCAGAGUACGACUUCGUGGUCAUCGGCUCCGGGCCAGGAGGAGCAACCGUGGCUAACCGGCUCACAGAAAUUCCCGACUGGAAGGUCCUAGUCCUGGAGGCCGGCAAGGAUGGUUCAAUCUACACUGACAUGCCAGCGACAGUCAGCUAUUUACAGUUCACAGACUACAAUUGGGGCUAUCGCAUGGAGCGACAAGAAGGUAUAUGUCUGGGGAUGAAGGAGCAGAGAUGUCCCUGGCCCAGAGGCAAGGGGGUAGGGGGCACCAGUCUUAUCAACUAUAUGAUCUAUACCCGCGGUAAACCUCGAGAUUACGACAGAUACGAGGAGAACGGAAACACUGGCUGGAGCUACAAAAAUGUUUUACCAUAUUUCUUAAAGUCUGAAAAAAUCAAUAUUCCAGAGUACUUGAAUUCAUCUUCUCACUCUUCAGAAGGCUAUCUUGAUGUUGAAUGGAUUCCUUUUAAAACAUCACUUGUUGACCGUUUCAUAGAUGGCUGUGCAGAGCUAGGAUAUAACCAGAUUGAUUACAAUUCCGCUGAAGAAGUCGAAGGAGCAUCGAGAAUCCAAGUUACGAUGAGGUCUGGACGAAGAGUAAGUGCUGCUAAAGCUUACUUAGAGAGUGUUCAACACAGACCAAACCUUCACAUCACUGAAAAGGCGCGUGUUACAAAAAUAAUAAUUGAUCCAAAAACAUAUAGAGCAAUCGGGGUUGAAUUUGUGAAAAACAGAAAAAGGAGAGUUGUUUAUGCAAAGAAGGAAGUUAUCUUAUCGGCUGGUACUUUAAACUCUCCACAACUAUUGAUGUUGUCUGGAAUAGGUCCCAAAGAGCAUCUUGAAAGACAUGGGAUUUCAGUAAUCGUAGAUCUUCCAGUUGGGCAAAAUCUACAAGAGCAUUUCACUAUGCCCGGGAUGGUAUUUCUCAUCAAUAGUACAGAAUCAAUCAAAGAAAAUGAAGCUCUUGACUUGUACUAUAUAAACAAGUGGUUAAAUGAGGGAAAAGGAAUCCUCACGCUUCCUGGAGGAGUUGAGGGUAUCAGUUAUGUAUCCUCAAAAUACAAUGAUGAUCGUGCCCUUCCUGAUCUGGAGUUGCUUUUCAUCUCAGGUAGUCUUGUAUCAGAUGGAGGAAACACAGUCAAGAAUAGUUUUGGAAUAUCAGAGGAGUUUUAUGAUGCUGUAUACAGAACUAUUGAUUAUAAAGACACUUUGACAGUAUUUCCAAUUUUGCUAAGGCCGAAGAGUCGAGGAAGUGUGCAGCUCCAAGACAAGAACCCUUGGCACUGGCCCUUGUUCUACUUGGAUUACUUCAAUGAUACAUCAGAUUUAGACGUCAUUAUUGAUGGUAUAAAAAAGGUAAUGGAGUUGGGGCAAACGGAGGCGUUCAAAUCAAUAAACGCUCAGUUGCAUUCUGUUCCUUUCCCAGGAUGUAAAGAUUUUACAUUUGCAAGUGAUGAGUACUGGGGAUGUGCUGCAAAGAUACUUCCUUUGACCCUACAUCACCAGAGUGGUACUUGUAAGAUGGGUCCUGAAGGUGAUCCCUCAGCAGUUGUUGAUCCGAGACUUCGAGUAUACGGAAUCGCAGGUCUCAGAGUGGUUGAUGCCUCCAUAUUCCCUGAGAUCCCUACUGCGCAUCUCUACGCUCCUACAGUAAUGGUGGGUGAAAAAGCUGCUGAUAUGAUCAAGGCUGAUUGGCUCAGAGUUUCCUGAGCAGCUGAACAGAAAGUGCCAUUUAUUCUCAUAACAUCAGUACUAGAAGCACCAUAAUUAAUUGGUAUUUACUUUUAACUCAAGGAUCUAACUUCUUUAUUUCACUUCUAUGAAAAUGUGCCAUAAUAUAAUUGGCAUAAUUCAUUAUUUUACAAAUUAUUGUAAAUAUGUUAAAUGUCAGUAUCUAUUAAUCAUCUCAUUACAAAAAGAAAUUUUUACAGCAGGUAUUCCUAUUCACUUUGAGUAAAAGACAAAAACAGUUAAGACUGUGAUCAAAUAUUUUCUUAGAACACUCGACAACGGAGGAAACAGAUCUGUUUAGAUUAAAACUGUUUGUUUAAUGUAAAUGUGAAUCAUGAUUAUGUAUCCUCAACAGAAGAAUAUCUUUGUCUAAGAUUGUAUUUGUAUUGAUCUUGUAGUGUGUUAGUUUAGUACUUCAAUGCAACAUGUAUGUUUGAAAUCUAGAUUGAAUGACUCAGUUCAUGUAAAAAAUUCUAUAAUCUAUUUCAGUUUCAAAGUUUUUAUAUCUGAUAGUGCAAUGUCCUUUUUCCAAUAUAAAUUAGAGUUGGCUGUAUUGAAACAGUCUUGAGUUUAGCCUCGAAAGAAUAAUAAACUUUAACCAUUCUACACAUAACGGAAUUAUGGUGGAGUAUUGAAUCAAUAUGAAUGUUGAGUUCAACUCCAUUUCACCUCCCGCAAUUGUGCACCUGAUAAGACAAUGAGAAGAUUACACUGGAUUAUUUUUGUCUAGACGUCCCUGAUGUCAAACCGAUGCUUUAUCUCUUGCUUUAGAAUUUGAUGAUAAAUGUUUUUUUUUUUACUUAUCAAAUAUUUUUGAACUUUUUAUUUUUUUAACUGCAUAUAUUUUACAAAAUGUCUAAAAAUAUUUUGAUAAGAUAAGUUUUAAAAAAAGAAUGAGAUUUCUCAUCAAAUUCUAAAGCAAGAGAUGAGCAUCGUUUUGACAUAAGGGACAUCUAGACUAAAAAAUCCAGUGUAAUCUAGAUGAAGAGGGGUUCUCACUGUCUCAUCAGGUACACAAUUGCAGGAGUUGAAUGUUUUAAUAAUGAAGUUGAGAUUUAUUCAAUAAAAGACCAACAACAACACUAAAUAAACUAAAGGAUACCUUGCUGUGUAUGAAUUGUACCCUUAAGAUGAGACGUAGCAUAAAAUCUAAGACCAAAAAUAAGAGAAUGAGUUUUUGCAUUGCUCUUAUGAAACUAAAACCAAGAUGGCCACCUAUAUCUGGUACCUGAUAGUAUUCAUUUUCAAUACAGCCGUAGAAAAGAAAAAUUUUAAACAAACACCUUUACAGUAGUGUAAAGAUACGACUAUGGCUCUCUUAUUGAGAUUUUUAUCCAUAUCCUAUGACUGAGGGAUCAAAAUUUUGAUACCUGAAAGUCAAUAAAAAUGUUUAAGUUGAUUUGGACCAUUUGGUUUUCAAAACUAUUUAGUGUAAUGUUGAUUAAAAUUAAAAUUAUGCAGGAAGAACUUACUCAAUAUACAAAUAAAUGUCUUAACAGCGAUGCACUUACAUUAUACUUUUAUCAAAUAUGUGAUAUAUUUAUUUUGUGUUUGUAAAUAAAUUUUUAUUUUAAGUUGCUCA